AUGGCGACCAAGUCCUUGCUUCUAGUCUUCCUCCUCGGAUUCCUCUCCGUCACAGCCACCACCGCACAGUCCCCGAGUCCAUCUCCCGCCGCGGACUCCGAUUCCAAUUCCCCGUCAUCUUCUCCAACUCCGUCUCCCGAUUCCGGAUCUCCGUCACCAUCCCCGUCUCCAGUGUCCAACUCGCCGCACAUUUCUCCUCCGGCUCCUCCUCCCUCAGAUCUGCACACCCCUGCCUCCGCUCCCGCUCCGAGUCCGACUCCUGGCGAUGAGAAUUCCCCGGCGCCUGCUCCCGUGGAAGCCGUGGACGGGAACAAGAGCGGCAAUGCGAUGGCGACGGAGGACGGCGAGAUCGGGGAUUCGUCCGGGAUGAGCGGCGGGAAGAAGGCCGGAAUCGCGGUGGGGCUGGUGGCGGCCGUCUGCGUCGUCGGGUUCGGCGGGAUGGUUUACCGCAAGAGACAGCAGAAUUUGAGGCGGGCGCAGUACGGUUACGCCGCCAGGGCCGAGCUCCUGUGA